AUGUGCAUAAAAGAUCUCACACAGGCGAGAAGCCGUAUCCCUGCCCUGAGUGCGGGAAAUGUUUUUCAAAGAAGUCAAAUCUUUACAUGCAUCAGAGAUUUCACACAGGUGAGAAACCAUAUUCCUGUCCUGAGUGCGGGAAAUGUUUUGUACGAAAAUCACAACUUGUCACACAUCAAACAUCCCACACGGGGGAGAAGCCAUUUUUUCUGUCCUGAGUGUGGGAAAUGUUUUUCACAGAAGUCAUACCUUUACAAACAUCAGAGAUUGCACACGGGGGAAAAGCCAUAUUCCUGUCCUGAGUGCGGAAGAUGUUUUUCACAGAACUCCAGUCUUAACAGACAUCAGAGGUCUCACACGGGGACUGAGGUGUAUCAGUGCCUUGAGUGCGGGAAAUGUCUUCUAGAAAGGAAAUGUUUUUACAGGCAUAAAAGAUUGCACAUGGAUGAGAAGUCUUAUUCUUGUUCUGAGUGCGGGAAAUGUUUUUCAAUAAAAGGUCAAUUUUUACACAUAUCAGAGAUUGUACACGGGAGAGAAAUCAUUUUCCUGUCCUGUCUGAGGGAAUUGUUAGUCACUGAAGUCCUGUCUUUCUGUACAUCAGGGGUCCCACACGGGGGAGAAGCCACUUUCCUAUCUUGA